AUGGAGGCACAGGCCAUCGACAAGAAGAAGGAGGAGAAGUACGACAGGCAGCUCAGGCUGUGGGGCGCUGAUGGUCAGCAGCGUCUUGAGAACGCGAAGGUCUGCCUCAUUAAUGCCAGCGCUACUGGAACUGAGAUCCUCAAGAAUCUUGUUCUGCCUGGCAUCGGCUCGUUCACGAUCGUCGAUGGCCACAAGGUGCAGGCGUCCGAUCUCGGCAACAACUUCUUCCUCGACUUCGCCAGCCUGGGCAAGUCGAGGGCCGAGGCCACUACCCACCUCCUCAACGAGCUCAACGAGUUCGUGAACGGUACCGCCGUGGACAAGGACGCCGAGGCCAUCAUCGAGGAGGACGUCUCCUUCUUCGGCCGCUUCACCCUCGUCAUCGCCACCAACGUGUCCGAGAAGGCGCUGCUCAAGCUCGCCGCCUUCCUCUACGCGCACAACAUUCCCCUCUUCGCCUGCCGCUCCUACGGCUUCGUCGGCUACCUCCGCCUCACCGUCCCCGAACACACCAUCGUGGAGUCGAAGCCGGAUGAUGCUCCCGACGACCUGCGCGUGUACGAGCCGUGGGACGAGCUGAUCAAGUUCGCCGAGGCCAUCAACAUGGCCGAGCUCGACUCGCACCACUACAGCCACGUGCCGUUCAUCGUGCUGCUGGUCAAGCAGCUCCAGAAGUGGCGCGCCGAGCACGGCGGCAAGGCGCCCGAGACUCGCGACGAGAAGGCCCUGUUCAAGGAGCAGCUGCGAGAGGGCCAGCACGAGAACGAGCUCAACUUCGAGGAGGCCAUCGCCGCCGCGUUCAAGGCGUGGACCCCCUUCGCGGUGCCCUACGAGGUGCAGUCGGUGCUCGACGACCCCAAGGCGCGCAACCCGACCGCCGACUCGGCCGACUUCUGGCUCGUGGUUGCCGCCAUCGCGCGCUUCGUCGAGAGGCAUCACGUGCUGCCGCUCCUCGGCUCCAUUCCCGACAUGAACGCCGACACCAACACCUACGUCGCGCUCCUUCAGGUCUACCAGGAAAAGGCGGUUGCUGACGCGGCCGAGGUGGCGAGCAUCGUGCGCGAGCUGGCCCCCACCCGCACCAUCAGCGACGAGUACGUGCGCCACGUCAGCCGCAACUCGCUCUUCCUCCGGGUGCUCCGCAUCCGCUCCCUCGCCCAGGAGUACGACCCCGCCACCGCCAACGCCGCCGAGCUCGGCGAGGCGCUCUCCGACCCCGAGGGCAACCUGCCGUGGUACGUGGUGCUGCGGGCCGUCGAUCGCUUCUACGCGGCGCACGGCCGCCUGCCCGGCUGGACCAACGACCAGGUCCUGGCGGACGUGCCGCUGCUCAAGGAGCAGGUGGAGGGCUUGCUCAAGGAGCUGUCGCUCGACACGUCGCUCGUGAGCGAGGCCGUCGUGCACGAGACGUGCCGGUUCGGUGGCUCGGAGCUGCACAACGUCGCCUCGCUGAUGGGCGGCGUCGCGUCGCAGGAGGCCAUCAAGGUGAUCACCGCCCAGUGGCUGCCGAUCAACAACACCUUCAUCUACAACGGCAUCAACUCGACCACCACCUCCCUCGAACUGUAA